UAAAACAUAGUUUUCUUCUUUUCGGUGACGCUGAGCUUCCUCCUUCCUUCUUCCUUCUUCCUCACAUCACAACACACCACCACACGCUUUCGCAUUCGAAUUCGAAUUAAAUUGAAAUUGCAGCUCAAAGAUCCUAUCUUUAGGGUUCCCAAUUUCAUUUUCAAGUAAUCGCCCAAAUUCCAUUCCAUAAACCCCCGAAUGCCACUGCCGUGAUCGGAUCCACCUUCUGCCGACGACGAUGCCGGCGCCGCGGAGCGUCACGGCGGUCGAUACCGGUAGGUUGCUCCUCAGGGACCUCGAGAACAAUGGCGAGGACGACUCCCCCGCCGCCAAGAAGCCCAAAUCGGAGAAGUUCCCUCUCAACACCUGCGAAUUCGCCGCCGCCGUCGCCGUAUUCUUCCUCUUUGCCACCGGCCUUUUCUGCAUCUACCUCACCAUGCCCGCCUCCGAGUUCGGCCGCAUCAAGCUCCCACGCACCCUCUCCGAUCUUCGCCUCCUCAAAGAGAAUCUUUCAGCAUAUGCGAGUAACCACCCUGCCCCGUUCAUUCUUGGUUACUGCUCAACCUACAUCUUCAUGCAGACCUUCAUGAUUCCCGGGACCAUCUUCAUGUCUCUUUUGGCUGGGGCGCUCUUCGGCGUUGUUCGGGGAAUCCUUCUUGUUGUUUUCAAUGCCACUGCCGGUGCUUCCUCUUGCUUCUUCUUGUCUAAAUUAAUCGGACGCCCUUUGGUUUCUUGGUUGUGGCCUGAGAAGUUAAGGUUUUUCCAAGCUGAGAUAGCAAAGCGUAGGGAUAGGUUGCUGAAUUACAUGCUUUUUCUGAGGAUAACACCAACUUUGCCAAAUCUUUUCAUCAAUUUGGCAUCUCCCAUUGUUGAUGUACCAUUUCAUAUAUUCUUUUUGGCAACAUUGAUCGGUCUUAUUCCGGCGUCGUAUAUUACUGUCAGAGCUGGUCUUGCUCUUGGGGAUCUAAAGUCAUUGAAGGAUCUAUAUGAUUUCAAGACAUUCUCAGUUCUAUUCCUCAUUGGUUUUGUUGCCAUAUGUCCUACACUUUUGAAGAGGAAGCGAGUGUAUGAAUGAAAGCUAUGCUGGCUCACCACACAUUUCAUCAAUGGCAAGUUACUUAAUUAUUGAAUUAGAUUUUGACUAUUGAUCAAAGUGGAUUAUGAUUAACCAAUAUAUCAUUGAGAAAGGAUGUAUUAUUAUUAAUUAAAAACAGGAUAAUGCCCCCAUUUUAUUUUAUAUGGUGGAGCCACUUUGUUUUUUAUUAUUUUUGUUUUUUCUUUCAUUAUUAUUUUCCAUUUUGAUGGCUAGAAGAGGGUAAAUGUAGAAUUAGUUCAGUGGGGAUCAGAUCAUCCAGCAAGGGCCAAGGGUUCUAAUGGAGCAUUUAAGUUACUCAUAAUGUAGCCAUUUUGGCAUCAGGGGAAGGAUUUGAUAAAUGUUCUUGUGAAGCUGUCAGCAUAUGUGCCUUACACCAUAUAGGAACUGACUCUGUAUCAUUGUUUAUCAAUAUAUGUUAUAAUAGAGAAAUUCAUUUAA